GCGUGUCACCAACAGACUCUCCAAAGAGUUGGCCGAUGAAGUAAUUGGUUCUGUCAUUGACAUAUUAAAUCCUCUGGAACCGCAUGAGGCCUGGCAUGGUGCAUGCUUAGCGCUAGCUGAGCUGGCAAAGCGUGGGCUGCUGUUGCCACAUCGUUUGCGCACGCUGGUGCCACUCUUGAUGCAAGCUUUAUUUUACGAUGAAAUGAAGGGCUACAUGUCCGUGGGUCAGCAUAUACGCGAUGCUGCCUGUUACAUGUGCUGGGCGUUUGCACGCGCCUACAAUCCAGAGGAUUUUCAACCUUUCGUGGAGCAAAUAUCUUCAGGUCUGUUGACCGUAGCUGUAUUCGAUCGUGAAAUAAAUUGUCGACGCGCGGCAGCUGCUGCUUUCCAAGAGAGUGUUGGUCGUCUAGGAAAUUUUCCACAUGGCAUAGAAAUUUCAACAGCAACCGAUUUUUUCUCUGUGGGCUUACGGCAAAAUUCCUACUUGAAUGUAGGUGAUUACAUAGCACAAUUUGAGGAAUAUCAAAAACCGUUGAUCGAUCACUUAGUGGAGCGCAAAGUGAAUCACUGGGAUACGUUGAUACGUGAACUGACCGCAAAGGCUUUGCAUAAGCUAACCUUUCGCGCACCAGAAUAUAUGGCAACUGUGGUGUUGGGACAGCUUUUGAGCAAAACGGAAUCUAUUGAUAUCAACAUGCGACAUGGCACUGUGCUAGCUAUUGGUGAAGUUACACUGGCCUUGAGCGAGAUAGAGCGUCAAGAUGAAGGCAACGCUUGCAAAAAGUUACUAUCUAAUCAAUUGUUGAGCGACCUAAAUGAGCUUAUGGCAAAAUAUGUGCAUCGCGAUAUGUUCCGUGGCAUGAGCGGUGAAAUUAUGAAACACUGUUGUACUGAUUUCAUAAGAAAUUGCAGCUUGGCACGCAUUGAAGCAUCUGUCAGGUGUGUGGAAUCCUGGCAGUACAUCAUCGAUAAAUGCCUGUUAAAUAAAGCGUCUGCCAUACGCGAGGGUGCCUCCGCAGCUUUCGCAGAACUUUGCCGCUCAUACUAUAAGGGUGAAGAGCGAGUGGGCGCAAAUGCUGAAAUUAUAAGAAGUUAUCUGAAAGGCGCCACAAAUAUCAUGGAGGAGCACACACGUAUGGGCUAUAUAAGCGCUUUAGGUGCUUUGCCCGACUUUAUGAUCAAAGCGAAUUUAGAUGACGUACUGGAAAGUCUGAUUAAGCAUUCGCUCACGCCAACACAAGCUGUUAUUACAACCGGCGAAGUAAUGAAUCAACAUGAGAACCUGGCAACGGGCACAUGGAGCGAAGCGAGACGUGAUAGUGUUAAAGCGCUUAGCAAUGUGGUGCAGACAUUGGGUUUUAGUAGAGACACCAAAAUCUCAUUUGGCAAUCCAAAGUAUUUCAACAAAGUUGUUGACUGCUUUAUAAAAGCAUUGGAUGAAUACACAUUAGACAAUCGCGGUGAUAUUGGCGCUUGGGUACGCGAAGCAGCUAUGAAUGCCAUCCAUCAACUUAUCACGACAUGUCCGAAGGACCUACUACAGCCACAGCAAGUUCAUCAAAUUAUGCUGGGCUUCAUGCAACAGGCGGUUGAGAAAAUAGAUCGUACACGUGGCCUUGCCGGUCGUCUCUUCUGUCAAAUUAUAACUACUACACCGCCCAUAUCGCACAUACGGCAUCAUGCACGCCUGUUGGAGAUAUUCCCCGCCGAUGUUAAUAGUGUAUUGUGGCUGUUUGCCGACCAGACAUUCCCGCUAUUCUGCUCCUUGCUCGAUUUGCCCGAUUACUCACAGCGCGUGUUGCUCGGGUUGAGCGCAAGCAUUGGACAGUUGACCGAGUCUUUGAUAAAAUACUCAUCGGCAGCAUUUUUCGAAUUUCUACGUACACAUCCUGCAGAAGUACCACGUUUAUGUAAAGAAAUAGUCGCCAAUUUCGAAGAAAAUGUCAUGAAUGAACGCGUAACCUAUCCGAUGUUGAACUUCUUGGACAUACUUAUAAGUUCAGGCACCAUAAACGUGGUAUUAUUGGAUGAGUCAAAUACUUUUGGUGAUGACAUUUACCGCCUGCUGAAUCUUGAGAUUAAAGGACACAAAAAACUGUAUAAACUAGUAUCGAGCAUUAGUGUCUAUUGCCAGCUGGUGCAAGUACCACAUCUUUGCAAACGCAUAUUAUCCAAAAUGGCAAUAUUUCUUGGUCUUACCCAUGUACAUGUGCGCAAAACAAGUGCUACUAAAUUAUAUGAAGCGCUUGCCUUGCAUGGUGACAGUUGUGACAUUCCCGAAGAGAAUAUGGAUGAGAUAUUGAAUAUAUUGUCCGAAACAGACUGGGGAUCGCCGCUAAUUAUGGUGCGUCCCGUACGCAAUCAACUAUGCGAAUUAAUGGGUAUUAAACCGCCGGUUAGUGGUGUGGCAGGCACAAGUCUGGAAACAGCCGGUGUUGCAGGUGCGGCUGCGGGCGUGAGUGCGGCGCUACGCUUUAGAAAUUAAAUUGUAUGAAACAAUAUUGAUGCAUAUUUCUCACAGCGGGAGGGAUUUUACUACCUGCCGUUCAAUAUUUCAAUAAUUUUAUUUUUUUUUUUAACAAAUCUACAUUAAAUUGUAAUUAAAAACCACAAUUAUUGCUUAUAAUUGAUUAUAAUACGCCGCCUUCAGAAAAAUAAAUGUUGCCGCAAAUAUUCCUUAAAUAAAUUUUGU